ACUACUAGUACUUCCUCAUUAGCUCUCUCUUUGAACUCAAUUUUCUCCACCCUCUUGCUCUCUCUCUCUCUCUCAUUGAAGUGUACAAUAAAUAGAGAAAAAUGCUGGGCAAGAAAAUAGUGUCCUUCAGGAAGCUAGCUAAGAAGGUAAAGGUUAUAGGUGGAGUUGAUCAUCAAGUUCAAGAGGCAUCACAUGAAGAAUAUUUGCUCAAGGAAUGUUGGGAAGGUUCUCCAGAUUCUUCCACAACCCCAACUGGGUUCUUUGCAGUAUAUGUAGGAGAGGAGCGCCAGAGGUUUGUGGUGCAAACCAGCUUUCUCAAUCACCCACUUUUCAAGAUGCUAUUGGAGAAGUCAUGCAAUGAGUUUGGGUUUGAGCAAAGCACUGGACUAGUGGUUCCAUGCACUGUCUCGACUUUCCAAGAAGUUUUAAAUGCUGUAGAAUGCAGCAAUGGGAAGUUUGACUUUGGGAAACUUGUUGAGGAGUUUGUUUGAUUAGAUUGUAGAAGAUAGAUCAUAUAAAGAGAGAGGCUGUUUCAACCAAUGUAUAAGUGCUCAACUGGGCACUGCAAGUAUCUCUAAUAGGUGCUUGUGAUUCAAUGGAUGUAAUACUACAACAUGUAUCAUACAAUAUACACCUCAGUUAGCUCUU